AUGGGCUGGCAGGGAGGCGACGGAAUGCGCGGAAGGGGGAGGGGACGUGGCGGAGGGAAAGGUGGGCGCGGGUACGGCGGAGGCGCAGGCGGCGGAGCGGGCGGAGGUGGCGCGGAGCGAGGCUCUACAGCGGAGCAACACGCUUUUGCGCCACGCGUGCUGGACCCGUCUCUCUCGCAGUACUUCACGGAAAUCGCCACCGCGUGGGAAGACACCCGCGACCCGCAAGACCGAGCCUCCAUCGCCGCCAAUGCUCUGGAGGAGGCUCGGGGGAAGGAACACCAGCUUCUGUGGGACACCCAGACCUGCCGCACCCUCGAGCCGCUCCUCUCCGCCGCCCCCCCCGCCGCCGCCGCCCGCUUCCUCGCCGGCGCCUGCUGCUGCGCGCGCAGGAGGGGAGGGGAGGGAGGGGAAGGCGCGGGGGGAGGCGGGGAGGGAUCGGGGGAGCGGGAGGUGAACGUUUGUCGGGACGUAUUGGCGCAUGGGCUGGCAUCAAGGGUGAUUGAAGCGGGUCUGCGGAAUAUCCGCGCGUGGGUGACUGGAGAGAGCAGGACACGUGGCGGCGCGGGAUUGGACGAAGCCGGGGCAGGAGAUGACGAGAACGAGGAGCAGGAUGGGGAGGGGGAGGAGGAAGAAACCGAGGAAGGGACAGGAGGCCAGGGUGAUUUACCGAAAUGGACUGGAACAGUGCGGGUGGUUUUGAAAAAAAUCUGCAAAGAAGUGACAGAGUAUCCCCUAGCAGCCAUGACCAGCCCGGCUUGCUCCCACGUGCUGCGCUCCCUGCUUCUCCUCCUCGCCUGCCGCCUCAUCCACGAUACGCCCGCAGCAGCAGAGGGCACGAGGAAGGCUCGUCGGGAUGGUGCGGAGGGCGUGGGCGGGGAGGAGGGUGGGGAGGAGCGGAGAGAGGGUGGCGCAGGAAGAAGGUUCGGCGGCCGCUUGCCUCCGCAGAUUCAGCGGGCAGCUGGAAAUUUUCCGCCGUCCUCCGGUGCGACCUUUCCAGGGAUGCCCGGAAUGGCCGGGCAGGGUGCAGGCUUGGCAGGAGGGAAGGAAGCGGGAGCAGCAGCAGGAGGGGCAGAAGCAGCGGCAGCGGCAGAGCGAGGGCGGAGGGUGGGGGGGGCGCUGGGGUUCCCGGCGCUGCUGCAGCGGGUGGUGGUGGGGGUGACGGCGGCAGCAGCGGGGGCGGACGAGGCAGUGCCGUCAGCAGCAGUGGCGUGGUCGCCCUAUGGCGACUCGUGGACCCGCGCCUGUGACCCGUCUGCUGGCCCUCUGCUGCAGGUGGUGUUGGAUGUAAUUCGAGACGAUGCUGCUCUGCUCACCCACGUCAUCACCUCUCUGCUCCACCUGCCUGAGGCUGCGCUCCGGGCAGCGGCGAAAAAAAGGAAACGGGCAGGGCCGGGCAGGCAAGAGGGGGGGCGUGGGAAGAAAAGAAGCAGAAGAGAAGAGGAGGAGAGAGGGGAGGGGGGAGAGGAAGGAGAUGAGGUGGAAGGGAGGAGAAAAGAAGCAGAGGGAGGUGAGGAAGGGGAGGAGGCAGAGCAGCAGGUGGAGGAGGAGGUGGGGCAGAUACUUGAGCUCAUGAAGGACCGCUGUGGGUCGCGAUUUAUGGAGACCGUGAUUCAGCUCGCCCCACCGUCACUACGUUCCUCUCUCCUGCGAGUGGCCCUGCUGCCCCACCUGCUGCCCCUCGCACUGCACCCCAUUGCCAACUACACUGUGCAAACCGCCCUCUCCGCCCUCCUCUCCCCCACCGACGUCAAACGCGCCUUCAAGGCCCUGGCGGGGGGAGGGAACGGGGAAGGGGAGGGCGCGGGGAGUGGGGCAGGGGGAGGGGAGGCGGGGGGUGGAGAGGGGGGGGAGGGGGGAGGGAGAGGGGAGGGGUUGUUGGCACUGCUGAAGGGGGGCAGAGGACGAGUGGUGCUGGCGCUGCUGAUUGCGUGUGGACGCACCAAGACGUUUCAGGCACGGGCCUGUGAGAGCCUGCUAGCAGCCCUCUCCUCCUCACCAGCACCAUCACCAGUGGACGUAGCAGCGGCAGAUGCGGCAGCGGUGGGCGAUCUGCUGUGGCUGGACGCGUGGCUGGCAGUGCGGGUGAAUGAUGUGAGGUCCAACCGAGCCAAGAAGCGCCAGCAGCAGCAGGGGUGGGGGUCCGUGCCCGUGGCAGAGCGCGGGGCGGUGUCGUUCGUGGGAUGCAUGGUGCUGCAGACCAUCUUCUCAUAUCCUCUGGAAGCGUCGCAGCGGGUGGUGCAGGCGUGUGUGGCGCUGCCGCCCUCCUACCUCAUGCACCUGGCCACGGAUGUCAAGGGCACGCGCGUCCUCUCUGCAUUCUUCCGUGCUACCACUGUCCCUCUGGACCUCAAGACCACCAUGCUCAACAGUUUGAAGCCACGCCUGACGACGAUAGCAGCAGAUAGGCUGGGUGCGUUUGUGGUGUCGGCAGCAUUUGAUGCCAUGACGGUGGAAGGCAAGCAGAUGAUUCUCGCUGAGCUGGCGACGCGCUAUUCGUCGGCGUCGUCCUCUCUGCUGCAGCGGCCUCUCUUCCGUCACAUGGGCCUCGCAGAAUAUCUGGAGAGCCCAGAGGCGUGGCAGAAGCAGCAGCAGCGCAAGGAGGGCCUGCUGCGAGAGUUCCAAGACCUGCUUGCGCCUGCUCCCGCUGCCUUCCCCUCACUGGCUCCUGCGCCCGCUGCACUGCCUUCCGCCUCCUCACCUGAUGCCAAGCCUCGUAAGAAGAAGAGAGAACCGGAUGUGGAAGCAGCAGCUUCGGCUGUAACUGAGAAAACGAGAAGUGGGAAGAAGAGAAGAGGGGGUGAUGAGGGGGAUGAGGGGGAAGAGGGGCGGCAUGGAGGGGGUGAUGUGGGAAGCAGAGGGGGAGGUAAGUCUGGGGGAGCGUUGAGAGGCAUUGUGGAGCAAUUGGAGCUGGGGAGUGAGAUGGCAAUGUUGGGGUUCAGUGGUGACGGUGGGGAGAUGGGACAGGAGGAGAUGGAUGGUGGGAGUGUUUUGAAGAAAAGAAAGGACAAAUCCGCUGGUGCGGAAACCAAGAAUAGAGGCCGUGUAUGA